AGAUUACAGCUUGAACUGGACCCCAUUAGUUAUAGGACACUGAAACCCAAUACAGACUGGACAGGAAUCUCAGAGAACCUUGCAGCGUCCUUCAGCUUAACUUAUUUUAUUUAAAUGAGGCGUUUUUUAUUUUAUUUUAUUUUUUAAAAUGUUUUGGUGUUUUUUUUUAUCCUGUGUUUCUUGAGAUGGAUUACUUGUCAGGAAUGUCUAUUCUGAAAGAAAGCAGAAUUUUAUGAACAUCAUUUACUUUUUGUUUUGUUUUUUUCUCAUAACCUUCCUUUUACUUUUCAACAUUGUAUGUUAUCUUUGUGCAAACCUUCCCAUCUAUUUUGGAUAAGUAUUAUCCAGCUUGGCUUAUUUCUCAAGUGAGCAUCAGUAUCACAUCUCUCCUCUGGCUCUGCACCCGUAAUAGAAACACGGAUCGCUUUCGCAGACUUGACACUGUUGACUGCUGGGCGCUCGUUUCUCCUGCGUUGUUGCGCCAACUUUUUGCAUAACUUUCUUAACUUUCCACGAUAAUCUAAAAGAAAAAAAAAGAGAGAGGGAAGAACGGGCUGAAAUGCUUGCCGUCUCCAUGGCUUUUCUUAUAUUCCCCGCUGCGCUCCUCGUAGCCGCGCAAAGCGUCGGGGAGCUUCAAGGCCUCCACUCCCACGGAGGAAGCGCAGACUUCGAGCAACCAGACCCAUGUCUGACUAUAUAUCCACCAUGUUUGAGUGAGGCUGAUCUUUACAGCCUGGAGGCUCUGCGUAGCAUCCACCAGAUGAUGGAUGAUGACCAAGAUGGUGGGAUCGAAGUGGAGGAGAGCAUGGAGUUUAUCAUUGAAGACAUGAAGCAGCAGCAGACCCACAAACAUAGCAACCUGCACAGAGAAGACCAGCACAUUACAGUGGAGGAACUGUGGAGGGGCUGGAAGUCAUCUGAAGUGCACAACUGGACACUAGAUGAUGUUCUGCGCUGGCUGAAAGACUUUGUCGAGCUGCCGCAGUAUGAACGAAAUUUUAAGGAUUUUAAGGUUAACGGCAACACCCUUCCCAGGAUUGCAGCAAAUGAGCCUUCGUUCCUGAGUACCCAGUUAAAGGUUCUGGACCAGAGAGACAAACAGAAGCUCAACAUCAAAGCUUUAGAUGUUGUGCUGUUUGGACCACCUACACGCCCCCCUCAUAACUAUAUGAAGGACCUGCUGCUGAUUGUGUCAGUGGUGAUGGGAAUAGGCGGCUGCUGGUUUGCUCAGGCCCAAAAUAAAGCCAGCAAGUUUCACGUCGCCAAAAUGAUGAAAGAUUUAGAAAGUCUUCAGAGGGCAGAACAGAGCCUCAUGGACCUACAGGAACAACUGGAGAGGGCUCAGGAAGAAAAACGAAAUGUGGCGGUGGAAAAACAAUACCUGGAGGAGAAGAUGAGAGAUGAGAUUAUUGGAGCUCAGGAAGAAGCUCAUCGUCUUCAUGAACUGAGACAGGGAGCCGUUAGUGAGCUCAGCCGCCUACGGUAUGCAGAGGAAGAGCUGGAACAGGUUCGUGGAGCACUAAAGCAGGCUGAGAAGGAGAUGAUAGCCAGCUGGACUGUCUCAGGCGCCCUUCAGCAAUGGCUUCAGCUUACACAUGAGGUGGAGGUUAAGUACUACAAUGUUAAAAAGCACAGCGCAGAGCUACAAUUAGCAGCUGCCAAGGAAGAGGCAGAGAGAAUCAAGAGGAAGAGGAAUUCUAUUCUGGGCACUUUCCAAAUGGCCCACAGCUCUUCUCUUGACCACGUUGAUCACAAGAUCAUGGAAGCAAAGCAGGCAUUGUCUGAAGUAACAGCUUGUCUGCGAGAGCGCCUUCACCGCUGGCAGCAGAUUGAGCUCCUCUGUGGAUUUCCCAUUAUGAGAAAUCCUGGACUAACAAACCUCACAGCUCAACUCUACUCCGACACAACCGCAGUGGGGUUCCCGCGAGUAUCACAGUCUUCCUGUUCAUGUCACAGCUCUGUUCAAGGCUCAAUAGAAGAUCUUUUAGAUGAGCCUGCUGCUUCUAUUAUACCCCAGAUGCCUGUUCAAAUUCCACCUAUUAAGCGCUCUCCUCGUCUUCGUGGAUCCACCAUCUGUAGGGCACGUCGUCCUGGAGUCAUCCCUCCACAACAGCCUUCCAUGAUUUCCUCAGAUCCUGACAUCCUGAUCCCUAUCAGAGCCCCUUACUCUUCCUAUGAUGAAGGAGAUGAGCUUCACCAUAAAACCCUUAAAAAACAAGAUUCACAAGAGAAAUUCUUAGACGCAGAGUUUAUAACAUCCUCAACUCACAGCAAAAUGUUUUCUAGUCCUACGUCUCUUGAUGCCUCAUCUAGAAGAUUCUAUCAUGAUGAAGCUGAGCUCCUAGCAGACAGCCAAAUGACUAGGCCUCUGUGUGAACAAGUAGAAGCUCUUUCUGAGUUUGCACUUCCCAAAAUGUCUGAGGGAGAGCUUGAUACUCCUGUAGAUGUGAAUGUUCCUUGCAAGAAGAUGACGAAAGACAAAACCGGUGGUUCUACUUUGGAAACCGCUUCUUGUAAGAUCUCUAACCAGGACUCUCAUGGAAAUACUGCACCUAAGAAGAUAUCCAGACAGAAGAGUGAAGUUUCAAUGGGUGCCGCAUUAAAGCAGGGCAUUUCUCAUGAUUUAGAGAUCACACCUAUAAAAACCGAGAAAGGUACUGCUGAGGAUUUGAUGGAGGUUCCUUUCAGGAGUCUUUACAAGGAAAGACAUGACUUAGAGCCACUGGAGAUGAUAAAGAUUCUCCGGCCAGAGUUAGAAGCAUCAUCAGAAACACAUAGGAUAAUGUCAAGGGAUGUAGUUGAGACUUCCAUAAAUAGAAAGAAAAUUAGAGAAGAUGCUGAACGCCUGUUUGAAUCUAGAAGAAUUACAAGGAAUUCAAUGGGAAUGUCCUUAGACACAGCCUCUAGGAAGCUUCAGCUGAAUACAGGAGACCAUCACUAUGAACCGUCUCCAAUGGCUGUACCAAAGGAUAAAGUAGCUGAGACAGCUAUAAAACCACAGAGGAAGAUUUCUCGAGAUGAACUGGAAUAUUUUUCAGACCCCAGAGAGACCAUAGAUGCCUUUAGGGAUCCACAAGAGUUUAGUCUAGAGUCUUCAAAAGGCCAAGGAAUAAAGAGAGAUGAAGCUGAGAUGUCUGCUGGUUCCUUAAGAAGGAGAAUAGCUGGAAUACCAAGAAGUGAUACCAGUUCAACAGAUGCCUUCACUGAAAACAUCUCCUGGGAUCGAGUUAAUACUCCAGCUGAUAUGCAAAAACAUCUAACCCUGAGGGAGGACUUUGGAGGAUAUGAAUCAAGCUCUUUACCAUGUCGUAUUGGACAGCCAGAUCUCAUGCUAACAUCCCAAGGUCCAUGGCAGUCCUCCUCAGACCUCUAUACUGCUGGUCCUCUGAGCCAACUUGUGUACGAUGGAAUCCUUGAGAAAUCAUGCAGCUCCAUGGCCUCUCUGCAUACGUCUCUCUCAGCCUCUACUCCAAACCUUCCACAAGGCAGGCUGCCAGCUGACUUGGAGUCACCGCUUCCUCCUCCAAAAGCUGUUCACCCAUCUCUUUUAUCACUCCCUGAUAGCGGAGAUGAAAAGAACAAAGAUAAGGAUAAAAACAAGAAAACUCUAAAGCUGAAAAACCUUUUUAAAAAGAAAAAUGAGUCAAACCCAGAAAAGUCUCACAGCGGUCUUCAGAAACUCUGACAACCUACAGUCAUUUUCCCCUAGCCUGAGGUUUAUUUUCAGAUAUUAAAGCUUCGGCGUAUGUUUGAGUUGAUUUUCUGCCUAAGUAAGGUUAUAAAA